CAUUGGGAGGGGUCGCGCAGGGCGGGACAUGGGUGACCGGAAGUGGGAACUGUGAGCGUCGCCGCCCGGGGCACCGAGGCCCGUGGCGCCGUCGGGGCCGCGGCGACGCACGCAUGGGGAAGGCUGGGCACUGGGCUGCGCACCGACGGCAAACCCGGACGCACGGGUUUUGCUGUGCGCGGGCUGUGCGGAACCGACUGGCCUCCCGCGGUGCGGGAACAUGAGGCUAGGCCCCGAGCCCGCUUCGGGCGUGGCGCACGGUGUGCGGGUCUGCUCUGCUUGCGGGUGAACAGCGCGGAGCCCCGGGACUCGGUGUGACCGAAGCCAGCGCUACUCUGUGCCCUCCUCUGCUGCCUCCCCUUCAUCGCUGUUGCCUGGAGCAGCCCGAGCGAGGCCGGUGGCGGAAGUCUCAUUUACCCCGGGGCGGGCCUUGCUGCCGACCUACCCUGAGUCCCCGCCCUCGCGCGGCUUAGUGGCAUCUCCCCGCAGCCCGUCCUUGUCGGAGGCAUGGUCUUCUGCCUGAGGAAGGAGGAGCCGCGCCUCCCGCUGCGAAGCGCCAUGGUCCACUUCCAGGCCUCGGAAGUCCAGCAGCUGUUACACAACAAGUUCGUGGUCAUCUUGGGGGACUCAAUCCAGCGGGCUGUGUACAAGGACCUGGUGCUCUUGCUCCAAAAAGACUCACUGCUCACAGCUGCCCAGCUGAAAGCCAAGGGGGAGCUGAGCUUUGAACAGGACCAGCUGGUGGCUGGGGGUCAGCUGGGUGAGUUGCACAAUGGGACACAAUACCGUGAAGUCCGCCAAUUCUGCUCGGGUUCUGGCCACCACCUUGUGCGCUUCUACUUCCUCACCCGAGUUUACUCCGAGUACCUCGAGGCCGUCCUGGAGGAGCUGACAUAUGGGCCUGCCCCGGACCUGGUGAUCAUCAACUCCUGCCUCUGGGAUCUCUCCAGGUAUGGCCGCUGCUCAAUGGAGAGCUACCGAGAGAACCUGGAGCGGGUUUUUGUGCGUAUGGACCAGGUGUUGCCAGACUCCUGCCUGCUGGUGUGGAACAUGGCGAUGCCCCUGGGGGAACGUGUCACUGGGGGUUUCCUUCUGCCAGAGCUCCAGCCCCUGGCGGGCUCUCUGCGGCGAGAUGUGGUUGAAGGGAACUUCUACAGUGCUACGCUGGCUGGGGACCACUGUUUCGAUGUCCUGGACCUCCACUUUCAUUUCCGGCAUGCAGUACGGCACCGGCACUGGGACGGUGUACACUGGGACCAACAUGCCCACCGCCACCUCUCACACUUGCUUCUGACCCAUGUGGCUGAUGCUUGGGGUGUCGAGCUCCCCAAGCGUGACUGUCCACCUGACCCAUGGACUGAGGAUUGGCCAGAGUCGGAUCAUCCAUUCCAGGGGAGCCAUGGGCAGCCCCCAGACUUCGGGGAGCAGCUGGCCUUACCCCCACCCUCCCCUCUGCCUCCUCCCAUGCCCUUUUCCUAUCCCUUUCCCCAGCCCUCACCGCCUCCCCUGUUCCCACCCCUGCCCCAGGAUGCCCCCUUUUUCCCAGGCCAGCCCUUCCCACCCAAUGAAUUCUUCAAUUAUAAUCCAACGGAGGACUUCUCAGUGCCACCCCACUUAGGAUGUGGCCCUGGAGUGAAUUUUGUGCCUGGCCCCCUGCCACCUCCAGUCCCUGGCCCUGUCUCCCAUGGUCAGCACCGGGGCCCAGUGGUCCACCGGGGGAUGCCACGCUGUGUUCCCAGUGGCCCCUACCAUGUGCCAAGGAUGAGGGCACCCUGCAGGCAGCGGGUCAGACACUCAGACAGACUGAUCCACAUGUACAAACUGGACAGGCGGCCUUCUGCCCAUUCGGGGACAUGGCCUGGAUAGACUGGAUCUUGGGCUGGGACUGGAUGUGCCAAUGGCCCUUCAGGGCCUGCUUGCCACCCAGGCACCAGGUCAGGGUGUCUGCUAUGGCUGACUUUGUUCUUGUCCAUUGCUGUCACCAAUAAAAGCAUGGAAGAACAGAGUGGCAUCUUCCUAGGUAAGGGUGUGGGUUCCCCAAACCGUGAUCUUAAGAGUUUGGGAGGCUGCCUCUAGAUUGUCUCCAACUUUGACCUUUCACCCCAUGCUAUUUAGAAAUCAACAAAUGUGUCCCUUCUACUAUCUCACAUACUAAUUUCCACCCUCACAGAAAGUGUGCUUAACAAAAAUCCUAGAGGGGUCUCCUGUUGCCAGCAGCAUUUUGGGAUUGAGAAAUAUCAAGGGCUGAGUUGAAAUUGUUAAUAUUUUGUAUGGAGUUUGGGAUUUGGCUAGUUCUUACAUAUAUUUCCCAGUCUCAUGCAUUCAUGUAUACACUCAACAUUCAUCUACUUCUGGAGAUAAACAUGUAUCUUACUUACCUUGCAUAAUUCUUGGAACAUGGUGGACACUCAGUAAUUGGAACUAAAUAAGAAGUUCCCAAAUCCAAGGGGGAGACUGAUUAGAAACCCAUUAUUUGAUCCAUAUAACAUGCAAUGGAAGCAAAGUGAACAUAAAUCAACUUCCUGGGGGUGGGGUGGAGGGUGUAGAGUAGGAGCCGAGGGAGAAUUCCAAGGAGAGGCUGUGCCAAACUCUGUAAAGAAGUUAGGAGUGUACAUCUCAGUUUAGACAAGUGGUCUUGCCCCUAGGUUCCUGACUACUAAGCAUUAAGGGAGGACUGUGGGCUGAACAGUGGCAGUGGGUGAAGAAUGGAGCAUGGUAAUGUGACAUGCAGCAGAGCUGAAGACCCACUAAAUAACCUUCAAGUAGAAUUGGAUGAAAGAGAGGGAUACAGAUUUCUUGUAUUGACUUCCCAUACUUGCUAUAGAAAACUUACCUUGGCAAAGGAUGUAACAUCUCAUGCAAAAGGAGAUGGAAUAGACCAGAAAAGUAUUGAUCCUUGCUAGCAACCUACCAAGUGCAAAUGAAAGGGAGCUGUUAACACAUGCUGGUGCUGGGGAAACUGGUACAAACAAUGUGAGUUUUCUACCUCUGCAUUUCUAAUGUCCUCCGCAUCUUGCUAGGUAGCUCCCAUUGCCCCCAGUGAGGUUUCAUAACCUUUUCUUUAGCGUCCCAAUAGAGAUUUGAAGUCUAUCAGAAGAACAGGAUGGAGAUAACUAUUUUCAGUUUGUUGUCACAUAAGCAUAAGCAGUACAAGACACAUGACUCCCACAAUACGGAUUUUAUUCAGUUGUGACCAGGGACAAGAAACUUAAAAAAUAGCCCCCAAAGAGUCAUAUAUUUAACUGUGUGUGUGUAUACACACACAUAUAUCAUAAAAAUACAUAUUACAUACAUUGUUUCUCUGCCUUCGUUUUGGGAUGUAAAAAUGAUGAAAAUCUUGUUUUUCCAGUAGGUAAGCACACUGUUGGCUAGUUAAGCAUGACAGAUUUGAAACUUCAUUGUCUCAAAAAUCAUUCAUUUUUGGCAAGUCAUUUAAAAAGACAAUCUUUACAUAGACUCCCUCUUGGGUUUUAAAGAAUGGCUCCAGUGUCCUUUCCUCUGCCAUACCAAGGUGUUCUUGAAAGGAGUAAAAGAUGUAUGAGCAUUCCAGUUGUGAUGUCAACCUUUUUUUUCCAGGGGAAAGAAAGUCUUUUAAGAAAAGAGAACUAGUGCAGUUAGCCUUCAGAACAUUUUAACCAGAUGAAGUUACCAAACAAAAGCAAAUUAACUUGCCUUCUGAACAUUAUCCAGUUACUUGCAUAGAUGAUGUGUUGAGUUCAUUUUAGUGUUUAAGUACCUCUACCAUAUGCAUUGGUGAAAGAUAAAUGCUUUCUGACUGCAAGGAAAUGGAUUUAUACUUUAAAAGAUUACUGCUGUCCUGAGGUAUAGCUGACAAGACAAUAAACUACACAUUUCAAAUGUAUUUGAUAAGUUUUGACGUGUACAUUCGUAAAACCAUCUUCACAAUAAAGAUAACAAAAUUAA